CCUUAUGGUAGUGGGUAGAAAAAAAAAAAAAAAGGCCCAAAAGACAAAGAAAAGUCGAAAGGCAGGCAUGCAUGGCUGAAUCUCAACAAGUCCUCAAACUGAAAGGAGGGUGCAGGCAGAAUCAGAUAACACAAGGGAUCAGAUAGAAUACUCAGAUUGCCUGUGUAUAGUUGUUGCUGGGGUGUGUGGAAUCUGGCUUGGAUGCCAUCCUUAUCCUAGACUUGUUUUCUUGGACUGGAUUCUCUUCUUGGAUCUGACCAAAGUUUGUACAAGGAUACAUUCUUCCAAUCCCAGACAAACUAAAUGUCUUCAAUAACUUGCCAGGGCUCUUGGGUGCUUUCCAAUUCUUCACCAAUAGUUGUAGCUAAUGAUAAAAAUAAUGAUGCCAGACAUGCCAAUUUUGCUCAAAUCCCUUCAUGGGUCUCUUUGAAAAGCAGUCAUUCUUCAUUGAGGACCCAUCAAAAUCAACAAGGCCAAGUUGAAAACUUGCAUUUGAUUUCUUUAGCCAAACAAGGGAAUCUUAGAGAAGUGCAUGAAUUCAUUAGAAACAUGGACAAAGUGGGUAUUUCCAUUAAUCCUCGAUCAUACGAAUACCUCUUUAAAAUGUGUGGAACAUUGGGAGCAUUGUCUGAUGGAAAAUUGUUUCAUAAUAGACUGCAGAGAAUGGCCAAUAGCAAUAAGUUCAUUGACAAUUGCAUCCUUAAAAUGUAUUGCGACUGUAAGAGUUUCACAAGUGCAGAGAGAUUCUUUGAUAAAAUAGUUGAUCAGGAUUUGUCCUCUUGGUCCACCAUUAUAUCUGCUUACACUGAGGAAGGACGUAUAGAUGAAGCUGUUAGAUUGUUCUUGCGUAUGCUGGAUUUGGGGAUUACACCAAACUCCUCUAUCUUUAGUACUCUUAUAAUGUCUUUUACAGAUCCUUCAAUGUUAGACCUUGGCAAACAGAUACAUUCUCAGCUGAUAAGGAUUGGCUUUGCUGCCAAUAUUUCUAUUGAGACGUUAAUCUCCAAUAUGUAUGUAAAGUGUGGGUGGUUGGAUGGUGCUGAAGUUGCCACCAAUAAGAUGACUAGGAAAAAUGCUGUGGCUUGCACUGGGUUGAUGGUGGGCUAUACUAAAGCUGCAAGGAACAGGGAUGCUCUGUUGUUAUUUGGCAAGAUGAUAAGUGAAGGUGUAGAGUUGGAUGGGUUCGUUUUCUCAAUAAUUCUCAAGGCUUGUGCUGCUUUGGGAGACUUAUACACUGGAAAGCAAAUUCAUAGUUACUGUAUAAAACUUGGCUUGGAAUCCGAGGUCUCAGUUGGUACUCCACUAGUGGAUUUUUAUGUUAAGUGUGCAAGGUUUGAAGCUGCGCGUCAAGCAUUUGAGAGCAUACAUGAACCAAAUGAUUUCUCGUGGAGUGCUUUAAUUGCUGGAUAUUGCCAAAGUGGUCAAUUUGACAGGGCUCUUGAGGUUUUUAAGGCAAUAAGAAGUAAAGGAGUGUUAUUGAAUUCAUUCAUCUAUACCAACAUUUUCCAAGCAUGCUCUGCUGUCUCAGAUUUGAUUUGUGGUGCUCAAAUCCAUGCAGAUGCAAUAAAAAAGGGGCUAGUUGCAUACCUCUCUGGGGAGAGUGCUAUGAUCAGUAUGUACUCAAAAUGCGGCCAAGUGGACUAUGCACAUCAAGCAUUUUUGACUAUAGAUAAACCUGAUACUGUUGCAUGGACUGCAAUAAUAUGUGCUCAUGCUUACCAUGGCAAAGCUUUUGAAGCAUUAAGGCUUUUUAAAGAGAUGCAGGGGUCUGGUGUAAGGCCAAAUGCGGUCACUUUCAUAGGUUUGUUAAAUGCUUGUAGUCAUUCAGGUUUAGUUAAAGAGGGAAAGAAGAUUUUGGAUUCAAUGAGUGACGAAUACGGUGUGAACCCAACAAUUGAUCAUUACAAUUGCAUGAUUGAUGUAUACUCUCGAGCUGGACUGCUGCAGGAGGCUCUUGAGGUGAUAAGGAGUCUGCCAUUUGAACCUGAUGUUAUGAGUUGGAAGAGUUUAUUAGGAGGAUGUUGGAGCCAUCGGAAUCUUGAGAUUGGGAUGAUUGCUGCUGACAACAUCUUUCGCCUGGACCCACUAGACUCUGCUACUUAUGUGAUCAUGUUCAACUUGUAUGCUUUGGCUGGGAAGUGGGAAGAAGCAGCACAAUUUAGAAAGAUGAUGGCUGAAAGGAACUUGAGGAAGGAAGUCAGUUGCAGCUGGAUUAUUGUGAAGGGUAAAGUCCACCGCUUUGUGGUAGGUGAUAGACACCACCCUCAAACAGAACAAAUAUACUCAAAAUUAAAAGAACUCAAUUUUUCUUUCAAAAAGAGCAAGGAGCGCCUUCUCAAUGAAGAAAAUGCUCUAUGCGACUUUACUGAACGAAAAGAGCAGCUUCUUGAUCAUAGUGAGAGACUAGCUAUAGCCUAUGGUCUCAUAUGCACUGCAGCUGACACCCCCAUUAUGGUAUUCAAAAAUACACGAUCAUGCAAAGACUGCCAUGAUUUUGCGAAAAGAGUCUCAAUAGUAACUGGUCGUGAAUUAGUCGUGAGAGAUGGCAACAGGUUUCAUCAUAUUAAUUCAGGGGAAUGUUCUUGCCGUGAUUAUUGGUGAUCUUAGCUUCAUUCUUUUCAAGGUCUCAGCAGCUUGGUUUUUCUUAAUGCUGCUCCUUUGGCACACAAACUCCUAACCCAAGUAUCCCAUUGCUGUGAUCCGAAGCUCCACCUGCAACCGAUGUCCCUUUGUGCUGCCACAUUCCUCCACGCAGGAAUGGCAAUGGGGCGUUUGUAACACUAUUCUUUUCCCAAGGUUUUAUCCAAUGUCUGUCAAGCAUAUUACCAAGAGAAAAAAAAGAUAUUCACUUUUUAAUAGGUAGUAUGUCAUCUAAUACAAUUUUAAUUUUGAUGUCAUUAAUAAUAUGUUCACUCCCUGAUCAGUAAGUUAUAAAUAUUAAUUUUUAUUCAU